ACAGUAUAAUAAAAAGUUAGGUUAUGUCYACSUAACCUGAAAAAAUUGUGUAGUAAUCUUUGUAAUUAGUUUUUURAAAGAAUUGCGUUAUAAUGGCGUUAAUUAAAAGUCGCAGGUUAUUUAAAUUUAGUUUUUUAUCUGAAUUGCCAAUUUUAUCAGCUGGUACUAAAAAAAUUCACAAUUCUUCUGUACUCAAUGCUUGGGGAGGUAAUUCCAAAGAACCCACUCAUUUUAUCGAAUACAAUAAGAAGAUUUAUCCGCCACAAUCCCCUGAUGAAACCCCUCGACCUGCCUAUGUGUGCCAUCAAAGAUGCAAUAUUAAAUACAGCCCUUUUAAAAUGUGGUAUGUGGCAUGCUUGGUUCGCGGCAUGACCGUCGACGAGGCAAUCAAACAGUUAAAAUUUCUGCCAAAGAAGGGGGCUAAAGACGCCCGCGAGACAAUUGAAGAAGCGCGAGAUUUGGCAGUAAAGGAACAUAACGUUGAGUUUGCCAGUAAUUUAUGGGUUGCUGAAUCAUUUGUUGGCAAAGGCCAAGUCAUCAAAGGCAUAAGAAGACACGCCAGAGGCAGACACGGCAUUGUUGAAUACAUGCACUGUCAUUAUUUCGUCCGUCUUGAAGAAGGGAAACCCCCUAAACACUACUAUCAAAAUCACCCCAAAGAGCCCCACCAACAACUAGAGGAAUGGUUACAAGCCAUGAGACGCCGAAAAAUUACCAAUUCAAUUUAAUUUUUCCUUAAGUAGAACUAAAUAAAUAAGUUAACAAUUCAGGUUUAGA